AUGUGGUUUGCGAAGAAUCCUGAUGGAUCCAGGGUAUUCAAUCACUGUUGUCUCUGGGUGGACCAAACGGGCAUGCUCAUACAAAGUAUUGCAGAUGUUUCUCUGGGAAAUGCUUUCGAAGGUGUUCUGCGUGUUGGGACUAUCUACAUAAUUCGGGCUUUUGGUCUUGCCGUAGCAAGGAAUCUUUAUCGUGCAUGCUCUUUGGAUCUUAUCAUGGAAUUGUCAAAGACCACAAGUUUUCAGGCCUGUGUUCUUCCUGCUGCCGAUUUUCCUGUCGAAUCCUUUGAGUCUGUGCCAUUCAGUGAGCUCCCAAAGCGUGCUGGUGAUAAUCGCAUCCUCUCAGGUGUUGUGGGCCAGAGAGUUUCGAUCACACUCUGGAAUGAAUUAACCACGAUCCUGGACAGUGUUGCUUUGAUUCAGGCAGAUUCCAUUGAGCCUGUGAUUAUUGCGGUUGGGAGCCUCAUGGUUGGCCGUUUGAUUGAAGGUGAGUACACAUGUUCAAGCUCUUCUGCCACCCGCAUAGUUGUUAGCCCUCGCAUUCCUGAGGCCUACAGUCUGACUACUUUCUUUGCUGGAGCACGGAAUCCUGUUGCAGGUCUUCCCAUUCAGUUUGCUACACAUGAGGCUGCUCUUGCAGAUGUUGAUCGUCGCACGAGGACCAGACUUGAACUCCAUGAUUUGUACCGUGCUGGUGCUUCGGUGGAUGAGAAGCAUCGUUGUGGUGGAAUUGUUAGAUCUGUUGAGUCUCGAAGUCCAUGGUACAAGAUUCAGUUAGUCUUGCGUGACUCGACAAGAGAAGCACCUUUUAUUGUUUUUGGGCCAGCUGGUAAUAAUCUGGUGUUCACGUCUGCCCAUGUACUUGCUCAGAGAUGUCCUCAUAGAACUGGCCAGCUGCCACCUGAGCUGAGUAAUUUGAUAGGCCAGUUUGUGAGGUUUGAAGUUAAGCUUCCUAUGAUGAGUGCGAAUGGAGUAUCCACUGGAGAGUUCAGGGUGUUCCGAGUGCUUCCUCAGGAUAAUCAGGGUCUACUACCCACUGUUGUUGCUCCAGUGAAGACAAUUACUGAUGGAACCCAGGGUCAGCUUGCUUUGCAAGGCACGACUGAACAAUGUGGAGUGCUUAUGUUGACUGGACCAACUGAAUCAUUACAUGUGAGCAGUUCUUUGUCUACUCCAUCAAGUUCGACCAAGGGCAAGGCAAAGGUUUCUGGACCACUGUUGUUUGAGAACAGCAAUCCAACUUUCAAGAUUGGGCAGUCAGUAGGCCAGCCUCUCAGGUCCGUUGGUCGCUGGGGGGGGGGGGGUGCUGGUCAUGUGCCUUUGGGAACUCAAACGUUAUCACAACCCAUUACCAUCAGAGCUUCUUCUGUACCUGCCAAACAGCCUUCUGUGUCAGCUGUUCUCGGAAUUCAGAAUCCAAUCCUUGGAGUUCCUGCAGGCUCACCAGACCCUGUUUGUCUGGGGUUUGUUGGUGAUAAAAAAAUUCCUGAAAUUAGGCCAUCUUUGCCGCAGGGUAGUGUUGUUGAUUCAAUGAGUUCGUGUGAGCAACCCUCUCUGCCUUCAACGGGUGAAGUUGGGAAGGAGUUUGGGACUCCUAAAAGUAAGGUUGGUAAGUCAUUAUCUUCAUCGGGUACAGUCAUGGAAGAGAUUGGAACUCCUCAGAGUAAAAUUAGCAAGACAUCAUCUACAUCAACACCCUCUUCAUCCCCGUCUGCAAAUCUGUUGGUGUCACCGCUGGCAAAGGUGAAGGUUGAAAAACUGGAAUCUUCAGGAUCUAGGGGACCUGAAAGUGGAAGCUCCGACGAACCUGCUCAGAGUCCAUCAGCCUUCUCGCUUGAGAACAUAGCUUCGCCACAGGCAUCUGUCAAGAAAUCCUCGGCCAAGCGUCUCCUCAUGACACCAAGAAAGAAGCCAACAACUAACAAGGUGUUAAAACGAAAGUUGAAUGGAGAUUCUCUAAGUUCUGGAAUCACUGAUGACACGCCAUCUUCUUUUCCGCAAGUUCUGAUGGACAACACAAGGAUUAAUAAGAAAUCACGCCAGCUUCCUUUUAUGCUCUCGGUUGAAGAUACAGAGCUUUCAGGAAACAUUUCCACAAUUACAACUCCUAGGGACCCUUACACAACACACAUGGAAGGUCAAACCUCAAGGCAGAAUCCUCCAAGUAAUGGGCUGAAGAAGAAAUCUGGCUUUGCCAGCAAAGAGCAAAACUGGAUCCUCGAUCUCUAA